AACUGGGGGAGACUAGAUAACUCAGGGAUAUUCGGGAAUAACCAGGGGAGGCCGGAUACCUCAGGGAUAACAGGGAAUAACUGGGAGAGACUGGAUAUAUCAGGGAUAACCGGGAAUACAUGGGAAUAACUGAAUGAGGGCAGCUGUAUAAGAUAUAGCAGGACACUUGGAGGAACCUUGGGAAUAUCUGGGAAUAUCUGGGAAUAUCUGGAAAGAAUUUGGGUGCUUGGAAAUAUCCCCGCAGAAGAGCCAAGAGAGAAGAUUUUUGGAUUCCGUGCAAUGCGCAGUUUACAAGGAGAACACUGAGGGCAAUGGGGCAGUUGGGGCCCCUCUUGCUGCUACUCACGGCUGCACUGCUCCUGAGAGAGGUGCCCGGUCAGUGUGAUGUUACUGAUGCUGCAGACUGCAACGCUGUUUCUAUAGUCAGCACAACUUGCCAAAUAACAGUGGGUGACCCGGCAGAGAAUGUGACAAUACAGAGUGUGCAAUACUUAAAUGGAACAACGGUGCCACAAUCAGAAAUAACAAACAAUACUGUCUCUAACCUCACACCCGGGAGCCAGUAUGUUAUUGUGUAUGGGAACUCAUCGCUGAACUGCUGCCAAAGCAUCACAACCUACCCUGAGAGAAUCCCAUCGGCCAACGUCACAGUGAGAAAUAACAAAUCCACCAAUUUCCUGGAGGUUCUGUGGGUUCCCCCGCCUGGGAAUGUAGAGCUCUAUGUCAUAUCCCUUAUAAGUACUGAUACCUCAUAUGCUGCCCAAUGGAAUCAAAGCAAAUCUGACCCCCCCGUGGUAUUCAGAGACUUACUCCCUGGGAGGGAAUUCAAUGUAACAAUACAGACAGUCAGCGGGAAUCUCAGCAAUACCUCCCUGCCUAUUACACAAGCCACAUAUCCCUCUGCCCCCGGGCCAUGGAUAUCAUACAGCAGUACCACAACCAGUAUCUCCCUCAACUGGACUCAACCCCAGAAUAUGACGGGCGCACAGUAUUCAUUCAAUGUCACCUACAGCAUUUUACCAGGAACCGUGUAUUCAUUAAAUCCAGGGAAUCAGUCCUCUGUGCAAAUUCCCAAUCUACAGUCUGGAACCAACUACUCCAUCCAGAUAGUAACGGUUGGAGUUCUGGGGUAUCAGAGUGACCCUAUUUCUAUAUCUCUGUACACAAACCCUGAGAGAAUCCCAUCGGCCAACGUCACAGUGAGAAAUAACAAAUCUACCAAUUUCCUGGAGGUUUUGUGGGUUCCCCUGCCUGUGAAUGUAGAGCUCUAUGUCGUAUCCCUCAUAAGUACUGAUACCUCAUAUGCUGCCCAAUGGAAUCAAAGCAAAUCUGACCCCCCCGUGGUAUUCAGAGACUUACUCCCUGGGAGGGAAUUCAAUGUAACAAUACAGACAGUCAGCGGGAAUCUCAGCAAUACCUCCCUGCCUAUUACACAAGCCACAUAUCCCUCUGCCCCCGGGCUAUGGAUAUCAUACAGCAGUACCACAACCAGUAUCUCCCUCAACUGGACUCAACCCCAGAAUAUGACGGGCGCACAGUAUUCCUUCAAUGUCACCUACAGCAUUUCACCAGGAACCGUGUAUUCAUUAUAUCCAGGGAAUCAGUCCUCUGUGCAAAUUCCCAAUCUACAGUCUGGAACCAACUACUCCAUCCAGAUAGUAACGGUCGGAGUUCUGGGGUAUCAGAGUGACCCUAUUUCUUUAUCUCUGUACACAAACCCUGAGAGAAUCCCAUCGGCCAACGUCACAGUGAGAAAUAACAAAUCCACCAAUUUCCUGGAGGUUCUGUGGGUUCCCCCGCCUGGGAAUGUAGAGCUCUAUGUCGUAUCCCUCAUAAGUACUGAUACCUCAUAUGCUGCCCAAUGGAAUCAAAGCAAAUCUGACCCCCCCGUGGUAUUCAGAGGCUUACUCCCUGGGAGGGAAUUCAAUGUAACAAUACAGACAGUCAGCGGGAAUCUCAGCAAUACCUCCCUGCCUAUUACACAAGCCACAUAUCCCUCUGCCCCCGGGCCAUGGAUAUCAUACAGCAGUACCACAACCAGUAUCUCCCUCAACUGGACUCAACCCCAGAAUAUGACGGGCGCACAGUAUUCCUUCAAUGUCACCUACAGCAUUUCAUCAGGAACCGUAUAUUCAUUAAAUCCAGGGAAUCAGUCCUCUGUGCAAAUUCCCAAUCUACAGUCUGGAACCAACUAUUCCAUCCAGAUAGUAACGGUCGGAGUUCUGGGGUAUCAGAGUGACCCUAUUUCUAUAUCUCUGUACACAAAACCUGAGAGAAUCCCAUCGGCCAACGUCACAGUGAGAAAUAACAAAUCCACCAAUUUCCUGGAGGUUCUGUGGGUUCCCCCGCCUGGGAAUGUAGAGCUCUAUGUCGUAUCCCUCAUAAGUACUGAUACCUCAUAUGCUGCCCAAUGGAAUCAAAGCAAAUCUGACCCCCCCGUGGUAUUCAGAGACUUACUCCCUGGGAGGGAAUUCAAUGUAACAAUACAGACAGUCAGCGGGAAUCUCAGCAAUACCUCCCUGCCUAUUACACAAGCCACAUAUCCCUCUGCCCCCGGGCCAUGGAUAUCAUACAGCAGUACCACAACCAGUAUCUCCCUCAACUGGACUCAACCCCAGAAUAUGACGGGCGCACAGUAUUCCUUCAAUAUCACCUACAGCAUUUCAUCAGGAACCGUAUAUUCAUUAAAUCCAGGGAAUCAGUCCUCUGUGCAAAUUCCCAAUCUACAGUCUGGAACCAACUAUUCCAUCCAGAUAGUAACGGUCGGAGUUCUGGGGUAUCAGAGUGACCCUAUUUCUAUAUCUCUGUACACAAACCCUGAGAGAAUCCCAUCGGCCAACGUCACAGUGAGAAAUAACAAAUCCACCAAUUUCCUGGAGGUUCUGUGGGUUCCCCCGCCUGGGAAAGUAGAGCUCUAUGUCGUAUCCCUCAUAAGUACUGAUUCCUCAUAUGCUGCCCAAUGGAAUCAAAGCAAAUCUGACCCCCCCGUGGUAUUCAGAGGCUUACUCCCUGGGAGGGAAUUCAAUGUAACAAUACAGACAGUCAGCGGGAAUCUCAGCAAUACCUCCCUGCCUAUUACACAAGCCACAUAUCCCUCUGCCCCCGGGCUAUGGAUAUCAUACAGCAGUACCACAACCAGUAUCUCCCUCAACUGGACUCAACCCGAGAAUAUGACGGGCGCACAGUAUUCCUUCAAUGUCACCUACAGCAUUUCACCAGGAACCGUGUAUUCAUUAUAUCCAGGGAAUCAGUCCUCUGUGCAAAUUCCCAAUCUACAGUCUGGAACCAACUACUCCAUCCAGAUAGUAACGGUCGGAGUUCUGGGGUAUCAGAGUGACCCUAUUUCUAUAUCUCUGUACACAAACCCUGAGAGAAUCCCAUCGGCCAACGUCACAGUGAGAAAUAACAAAUCCACCAAUUUCCUGGAGGUUCUGUGGGUUCCCCCGCCUGGGAAUGUAGAGCUCUAUGUCAUAUCCCUCAUAAGUACUGAUACCUCAUAUGCUGCCCAAUGGAAUCAAAACACAACUGACCCCCCCGUGGUAUUCAGAGGCUUACUCCCUGGGAGGGAAUUCAAUGUAACAAUACAGACAGUCAGCGGGAAUCUCAGCAAUACCUCCCUGCCUAUUACACAAGCCACAUAUCCCUCUGCCCCCGGGCCAUGGAUAUCAUACAGCAGUACCACAACCAGUAUCUCCCUCAACUGGACUCAACCCCAGAAUAUGACGGGCGCACAGUAUUCCUUCAAUGUCACCUACAGCAAUUCAUCAGGAACCGUGUAUUCAUUAAAUCCAGGGAAUCAGUCCUGUGUGCAAAUUCCCAAUCUACAGUCUGGAACCAACUACUCCAUCCAGAUAGUAACGGUCGGAGUUCUGGGGUAUCAGAGUGACCCUAUUUCUAUAUCUCUGUACACAAACCCUGAGAGAAUCCCAUCGGCCAACGUCACAGUGAGAAAUAACAAAUCCACCAAUUUCCUGGAGGUUCUGUGGGUUCCCCCGCCUGGGAAAGUAGAGCUCUAUGUCGUAUCCCUCAUAAGUACUGAUUCCUCAUAUGCUGCCCAAUGGAAUCAAAGCAAAUCUGACCCCCCCGUGGUAUUCAGAGGCUUACUCCCUGGGAGGGAAUUCAAUGUAACAAUACAGACAGUCAGCGGGAAUCUCAGCAAUACCUCCCUGCCUAUUACACAAGCCACAUAUCCCUCUGCCCCCGGGCCAUGGAUAUCAUACAGCAGUACCACAACCAGUAUCUCCCUCAACUGGACUCAACCCCAGAAUAUGACGGGCGCACAGUAUUCCUUCAAUGUCACCUACAGCAUUUUACCAGGAACCGUGUAUUCAUUAAAUCCAGGGAAUCAGUCCUCUGUGCAAAUUCCCAAUCUACAGUCUGGAACCAACUACUCCAUCCGGAUAGUAACGGUCGGAGUUCUGGGGUAUCAGAGUGACCCUAUUUCUAUAUCUCUGUACACAAACCCUGAGAGAAUCCCAUCGGCCAACGUCACAGUGAGAAAUAACAAAUCCACCAAUUUCCUGGAGGUUCUGUGGGUUCCCCCGCCUGGGAAUGUAGAGCUCUAUGUCGUAUCCCUCAUAAGUACUGAUACCUCAUAUGCUGCCCAAUGGAAUCAAAGCAAAUCUGACCCCCCCGUGGUAUUCAGAGACUUACUCCCUGGGAGGGAAUUCAAUGUAACAAUACAGACAGUCAGCGGGAAUCUCAGCAAUACCUCCCUGCCUAUUACACAAGCCACAUAUCCCUCUGCCCCCGGGCCAUGGAUAUCAUACAGCAGUACCACAACCAGUAUCUCCCUCAACUGGACUCAACCCCAGAAUAUGACGGGCGCACAGUAUUCCUUCAAUGUCUCCUACAGCAAUUCAUCAGGAACCGUAUAUUUAUUAUAUCCAGGGAAUCAAUCCUCUGUGCAAAUUCCCAAUCUACAGUCUGGAACCAACUACUCCAUCCAGAUAGUAACGGUCGGAGUUCUGGGGUAUCAGAGUGACCCUAUUUCUAUAUCUCUGUACACAAACCCUGAGAGAAUCCCAUCGGCCAACGUCACAGUGAGAAAUAACAAAUCUACCAAUUUCCUGGAGGUUCUGUGGGUUCCCCCGCCUGGGAAUGUAGAGCUCUAUGUCGUAUCCAUCAUAAGUACUGAUACCUCAUAUGUUGCCCAAUGGAAUCAAAGCAAAUCUGACCCCCCCGUGGUAUUCAGAGACUUACUCCCUGGGAGGGAAUUCAAUGUAACAAUACAGACAGUCAGCAGGAAUCUCAGCAAUACCUCCCUGCCUAUUACACAAGCCACAUAUCCCUCUGCCCCCGGGCCAUGGAUAUCAUACAGCAGUACCACAACCAGUAUCUCCCUCAACUGGACUCAACCCCAGAAUAUGACGGGCACACAGUAUUCCUUCAAUGUCACCUACAGCAUUUCACCAGGAACCGUGUAUUCAUUAUAUCCAGGGAAUCAGUCCUCUGUGCAAAUUCCCAAUCUACAGUCUGGAACCAACUACUCCAUCCGGAUAGUAACGGUCGGAGUUCUGGGGUAUCAGAGUGACCCUAUUUCUAUAUCUCUGUACACAAACCCUGAGAGAAUCCCAUCGGCCAACGUCACAGUGAGAAAUAACAAAUCCACCAAUUUCCUGGAGGUUCUGUGGGUUCCCCCGCCUGGGAAUGUAGAGCUCUAUGUCAUAUCCCUUAUAAGUACUGAUACCUCAUAUGCUGCCCAAUGGAAUCAAAGCAAAUCUGCCCCCCCCGUGGUAUUCAGAGACUUACUCCCUGGGAGGGAAUUCAAUGUAACAAUACAGACAGUCAGCGGGAAUCUCAGCAAUACCUCCCUGCCUAUUACACAAGCCACAUAUCCCUCUGCCCCCGGGCCAUGGAUAUCAUACAGCAGUACCACAACCAGUAUCUCCCUCAGCUGGACUCAACCCCAGAAUAUGACGGGCGCACAGUAUUCCUUCAAUGUCACCUACAGCAUUUCACCAGGAACCGUGUAUUCAUUAAAUCCAGGGAAUCAGUCCUCUGUGCAAAUUCCCAAUCUACAGUCUGGAACCAACUACUCCAUCCAGAUAGUAACGGUCGGAGUUCUGGGGUAUCAGAGUGACCCUAUUUCUAUAUCUCUGUACACAAACCCUGAGAGAAUCCCAUCGGCCAACGUCACAGUGAUCAAUAACAAAUCCACCAAUUUCCUGGAGGUUCUGUGGGUUCCCCCGCCUGGGAAUGUAGAGCUCUAUGUCGUAUCCCUCAUAAGUACUGAUACCUCAUAUGCUGCCCAAUGGAAUCAAAGCAAAUCUGACCCCCCCGUGGUAUUCAGAGGCUUACUCCCUGGGAGGGAAUUCAAUGUAACAAUACAGACAGUCAGCGGGAAUCUCAGCAAUACCUCCCUGCCUAUUACACAAGCCACAUAUCCCUCUGCCCCCGGGCCAUGGAUAUCAUACAGCAGUACCACAACCAGUAUCUCCCUCAACUGGACUCAACCCCAGAAUAUGACGGGCGCACAGUAUUCCUUCAAUGUCACCUACAGCAUUUUACCAGGAACCGUGUAUUCAUUAUAUCCAGGGAAUCAGUCCUCUGUGCAAAUUCCCAAUCUACAGUCUGGAACCAACUACUCCAUCCAGAUAGUAACGGUCGGAGUUCUGGGGUAUCAGAGUGACCCUAUUUCUAUAUCUCUGUACACAAAACCUGAGAGAAUCCCAUCGGCCAACGUCACAGUGAGAAAUAACAAAUCCACCAAUUUCCUGGAGGUUCUGUGGGUUCCCCCGCCUGGGAAUGUAGAGCUCUAUGUCGUAUCCCUCAUAAGUACUGAUACCUCAUAUGCUGCCCAAUGGAAUCAAAGCAAAUCUGACCCCCCCGUGGUAUUCAGAGGCUUACUCCCUGGGAGGGAAUUCAAUGUAACAAUACAGACAGUCAGCGGGAAUCUCAGCAAUACCUCCCUGCCUAUUACACAAGCCACAUAUCCCUCUGCCCCCGGGCCAUGGAUAUCAUACAGCAGUACCACAACCAGUAUCUCCCUCAACUGGACUCAACCCCAGAAUAUGACGGGCGCACAGUAUUCCUUCAAUGUCACCUACAGCAUUUCACCAGGAACCGUGUAUUCAUUAUAUCCAGGGAAUCAGUCCUCUGUGCAAAUUCCCAAUCUACAGUCUGGAACCAACUACUCCAUCCGGAUAGUAACGGUCGGAGUUCUGGGGUAUCAGAGUGACCCUAUUUCUAUAUCUCUGUACACAAACCCUGAGAGAAUCCCAUCGGCCAACGUCACAGUGAGAAAUAACAAAUCCACCAAUUUCCUGGAGGUUCUGUGGGUUCCCCCGCCUGGGAAUGUAGAGCUCUAUGUCAUAUCCCUUAUAAGUACUGAUACCUCAUAUGCUGCCCAAUGGAAUCAAAGCAAAUCUGACCCCCCCGUGGUAUUCAGAGGCUUACUCCCUGGGAGGGAAUUCAAUGUAACAAUACAGACAGUCAGCGGGAAUCUCAGCAAUACCUCCCUGCCUAUUACACAAGCCACAUAUCCCUCUGCCCCCGGGCCAUGGAUAUCAUACAGCAGUACCACAACCAGUAUCUCCCUCAACUGGACUCAACCCCAGAAUAUGACGGGCGCACAGUAUUCCUUCAAUGUCACCUACAGCAUUUUACCAGGAACCGUGUAUUCAUUAUAUCCAGGGAAUCAGUCCUCUGUGCAAAUUCCCAAUCUACAGUCUGGAACCAACUACUCCAUCCAGAUAGUAACGGUCGGAGUUCUGGGGUAUCAGAGUGACCCUAUUUCUAUAUCUCUGUACACAAAACCUGAGAGAAUCCCAUCGGCCAACGUCACAGUGAGAAAUAACAAAUCCACCAAUUUCCUGGAGGUUCUGUGGGUUCCCCCGCCUGGGAAAGUAGAGCUCUAUGUCGUAUCCCUCAUAAGUACUGAUACCUCAUAUGCUGCCCAAUGGAAUCAAAACGCAACUGGCCCCCCCGUGGUAUUCAGAGACUUACUCCCUGGGAGGGAAUUCAAUGUAACAAUACAGACAGUCAGCGGGAAUCUCAGCAAUACCUCCCUGCCUAUUACACAAGCCACAUAUCCCUCUGCCCCCGGGCCAUGGAUAUCAUACAGCAGUACCACAACCAGUAUCUCCCUCAACUGGACUCAACCCCAGAAUAUGACGGGCGCACAGUAUUCCUUCAAUGUCACCUACAGCAUUUCACCAAUUACCGUGUAUUCAUUAAAUCCAGGGAAUCAGUCCUCUGUGCAAAUUCCCAAUCUACAGUCUGGAACCAACUACUCCAUCCAGAUAGUAACGGUCGGAGUUCUGGGGUAUCAGAGUGACCCUAUUUCUAUAUCUCUGUACACAAACCCUGAGAGAAUCCCAUCGGCCAACGUCACAGUGAGAAAUAACAAAUCCACCAAUUUCCUGGAGGUUCUGUGGGUUCCCCUGCCUGUGAAUGUAGAGCUCUAUGUCGUAUCCCUCAUAAGUACUGAUACCUCAUAUGCUGCCCAAUGGAAUCAAAGCAAAUCUGACCCCCCCGUGGUAUUCAGAGGCUUACUCCCUGGGAGGGAAUUCAAUGUAACAAUACAGACAGUCAGCGGGAAUCUCAGCAAUACCUCCCUGCCUAUUACACAAGCCACAUAUCCCUCUGCCCCCGGGCCAUGGAUAUCAUACAGCAGUACCACAACCAGUAUCUCCCUCAACUGGACUCAACCCCAGAAUAUGACGGGCGCACAGUAUUCCUUCAAUGUCACCUACAGCAUUUUACCAGGAACCGUGUAUUCAUUAUAUCCAGGGAAUCAGUCCUCUGUGCAAAUUCCCAAUCUACAGUCUGGAACCAACUACUCCAUCCAGAUAGUAACGGUCGGAGUUCUGGGGUAUCAGAGUGACCCUAUUUCUAUAUCCCUGUACACAAAUCCCUCUGCCCCCGGGCCAUGGAUAUCAUACAGCAGUACCACAACCAGUAUCUCCCUCAACUGGACUCAACCCCAGAAUAUGACGGGCGCACAGUAUUCAUUCAAUGUCACCUACAGCAUUUCACCAGGAACCGUGUAUUCAUUAAAUCCAGGGAAUGAGUCCUGUGUGCAAAUUCCCAAUCUACAGUCUGGAACCAACUACUCCAUCCAGAUAGUAACGGUCGGAGUUCUGGGGUAUCAGAGUGACCCUAUUUCUAUAUCUCUGUACACAAACCCUGAGAGAAUCCCAUCGGCCAACGUCACAGUGAGAAAUAACAAAUCUACCAAUUUCCUGGAGGUUCUGUGGGUUCCCCCGCCUGGGAAUGUAGAGCUCUAUGUCGUAUCCCUCAUAAGUACUGAUUCCUCAUAUGCUGCCCAAUGGAAUCAAAGCAAAUCUGCCCCCCCCGUGGUAUUCAGAGGCUUACUCCCUGGGAGGGAAUUCAAUGUAACAAUACAGACAGUCAGCGGGAAUCUCAGCAAUACCUCCCUGCCUAUUACACAAGCCACAUAUCCCUCUGCCCCCGGGCCAUGGAUAUCAUACAGCAGUACCACAACCAGUAUCUCCCUCAACUGGACUCAACCCCAGAAUAUGACGGGCGCACAGUAUUCCUUCAAUGUCACCUACAGCAUGUCACCAAUUACCGUGUAUUCAUUAUAUCCAGGGAAUCAGUCCUCUGUGCAAAUUCCCAAUCUACAGUCUGGAACCAACUACUCCAUCCAGAUAGUAACGGUCGGAGUUCUGGGGUAUCAGAGUGACCCUAUUUCUAUAUCUCUGUACACAAACCCUGAGAGAAUCCCAUCGGCCAACGUCACAGUGAGAAAUAACAAAUCCACCAAUUUCCUGGAGGUUCUGUGGGUUCUCCCGCCUGGGAAAGUAGAGCUCUAUGUCGUAUCCCUCAUAAGUACUGAUUCCUCAUAUGCUGCCCAAUGGAAUCAAAACACAACUGACCCCCCCGUGGUAUUCAGAGGCUUACUCCCUGGGAGGGAAUUCAAUGUAACAAUACAGACAGUCAGCGGGAAUCUCAGCAAUACCUCCCUGCCUAUUACACAAGCCACAUAUCCCUCUGCCCCCGGGCCAUGGAUAUCAUACAGCAGUACCACAACCAGUAUCUCCCUCAACUGGACUCAACCCCAGAAUAUGACGGGCGCACAGUAUUCCUUCAAUGUCACCUACAGCAUUUUACCAGGAACCGUGUAUUCAUUAAAUCCAGUGAUUCAGUCCUCUGUGCAAAUUCCCAAUCUACAGUCUGGAACCAACUACUCCAUCCAGAUAGUAACGGUCGGAGUUCUGGGGUAUCAGAGUGACCCUAUUUCUAUAUCUCUGUACACAAACCCUGAGAGAAUCCCAUCGGCCAACGUCACAGUGAGAAAUAACAAAUCUACCAAUUUCCUGGAGGUUCUGUGGGUUCCCCCGCCUGGGAAAGUAGAGCUCUAUGUCAUAUCCCUCAUAAGUACUGAUACCUCAUAUGCUGCCCAAUGGAAUCAAAGCAAAUCUGACCCCCCCGUGGUAUUCAGAGGCUUACUCCCUGGGAGGGAAUUCAAUGUAACAAUACAGACAGUCAGCGGGAAUCUCAGCAAUACCUCCCUGCCUAUUACACAAGCCACAUAUCCCUCUGCCCCCGGGUCAUGGAUAUCAUACAGCAGUACCACAACCAGUAUCUCCCUCAACUGGACUCAACCCCAGAAUAUGACGGGCACACAGUAUUCCUUCAAUGUCACCUACAGCAAUUCAUCAGGAACCGUGUAUUCAUUAUAUCCAGGGAAUCAGUCCUCUGUGCAAAUUCCCAAUCUACAGUCUGGAACCAACUACUCCAUCCAGAUAGUAACGGUCGGAGUUCUGGGGUAUCAGAGUGACCCUAUUUCUAUAUCUCUGUACACAAACCCUGAGAGAAUCCCAUCGGCCAAUGUCACAGUGAGAAAUAACAAAUCUACCAAUUUCCUGGAGGUUCUGUGGGUUCCCCCGCCUGGGAAUGUAGAGCUCUAUGUCGUAUCCCUCAUAAGUACUGAUACCUCAUAUGCUGCCCAAUGGAAUCAAAACACAUCUGCCCCCCCCGUGGUAUUCAGAGGCUUACUCCCUGGGAGGGAAUUCAAUGUAACAAUACAGACAGUCAGCGGGAAUCUCAGCAAUACCUCCCUGCCUAUUACACAAGCCACAUAUCCCUCUGCCCCCGGGCCAUGGAUAUCAAACAGCAGUACCACAACCAGUAUCUCCCUCAACUGGACUCAACCCCAGAAUAUGACGGGCGCACAGUAUUCCUUCAAUGUCACCUACAGCAUUUUACCAGGAACCGUGUAUUCAUUAAAUCCAGGGAAUCAGUCCUCUGUGCAAAUUCCCAAUCUACAGUCUGGAACCAACUACUCCAUCCAGAUAGUAACGGUCGGAGUUCUGGGGUAUCAGAGUGACCCUAUUUCUAUAUCUCUGUACACAAUUCCCACCCCUGGGGCCCCUGCCUCUGUGCCAUCCAGCUCACUGUCACCUACGGAAAUAUCAUACACCUUCAGUGCGUUUAGCAGUAUACCUGGGCUGAUAAAGGCGUACGCUGUGAUAGUGACAACCGAUAGCAACGCCGGAAGCCCUCCCAGCGGGAUUUUGUCCAAGACCUACUAUGACUUUAAGAACAAGGAUACAAACGCGUAUGUGUCGCAGAUAAAGGAAUUCGGCCAAAGGAAUGGAAGAUCCGCGGGGCAGGACACAUACACCGUCACCAUUGGGGAUAAUUCUACAACCCGGGGCUACUACAACGGGCCUUUACAGCCUGGAACGUCCUAUAGGCUGGCGGUUGCUGGAUUUACUAACAUUUUGUUUGAUAACAACAGCCGAGUUAUAGAGAGUCUCAGCAGCGUAGCGACAACCCAAUACUCAAGCCCCAUCACAACUGCCCCACUGGCUCAGCAGGAUCCAGGUCCGAUUGUGGGGGCCGUGGUUGGGAGCAUCCUGGGAGCCACGGUCAUUGCCAUUCUGGCCUUUUUCAUCUGGAGGAGACGAAGACAUCAGGAGAAGGGAGAGAAUGUGCCGUUCUCGAGCAUCAAGCAAGCGAAAACGUCCCAGCCCAUUCCCAAGUCCGGCUUUGAGGCGCAUUUCCGGAAGCAGCAGGCCAACACUAACCUGGGCUUUAGCGAGGAGUAUGAAAAAUUUUCAUCGGUGGGAAUUUCUCAGCCUAAAGAAGCCUCCGAGCUGCCCGAGAACAAAGCCAAGAACAGAUACAAUAACGUUCUGCCCUACGAUCAUUCCCGGGUGAAACUCUCGGCUCCUAAUCACCAGACGGAGGAUUAUAUCAAUGCCAAUUACAUGCCAGGUUACAUGACGAGCAGGGAGUUUAUCGCUGCCCAAGGGCCCCUGCCCAACACCGUCACAGAUUUCUGGCGCAUGAUUUGGGAGAAGAACAUUAGCGCCGCGGUGAUGCUGACACGAUGCGUGGAACUGGGGAAGGUAAAAUGUGAGCAGUAUUGGCCAAGCAGCGGGCAGAAGGAGUUCGGCGACAUCUCCGUGUCUCUCAUAGAGGAGUCUGUUCAGCCCGAGUGGGUCAUCAGGGACUUCACUGUCACUCACAAGCGAGAAAACCGAAGCAAACACGUGCGCCAUUUCCACUUCACCGCCUGGCCCGACCACGGGGUCCCCAAAACAACCGACGUUCUCAUUGGCUUCAGGAAUUUACUGUGGGACUACGUGAAACUGUCCCCCCCCAACUCCCCCGUGCUGGUUCACUGCAGCGCCGGCGUCGGCAGGACCGGCACAUUAAUCGCACUGGAUCGGAUCAUGAAACAGAUUGAUAAGGAGGACGCGGUAGACGUGUUUGGCACCGUGCACAGUCUGAGGGUGCACCGGGUACUGAUGGUGCAAACGGAGAACCAGUACAUCUUCCUGAACCAAUGUGCACUCGAUGCCAUCAGAGCCCAGAGGGCAAACCAACCGGACCUGAUCUACCAGAACUCGAGCGCAAUCUAUGAGAAUGUCAGCAGAUCCCUCCGCUUGGGUAACUCAAGGGUCUGAUGAGGGAAUUGUGCCCCGGGGGGGGGCAGGAGAACCAGCACUGACUCUACUGGACUUUCAGGGAGACCAAGGAAAAAGCACUUUGGAUGGUUUUGUUCUUAUUAUUAUUUGUGAUUAUGGAAUGAAUUUAUGUGAUAAUGUGAUUUUAAUCAUAGUAGGGCACCAUGUUGUGUGUGAUACAGGGGUGCAGGGGUU